GUUUGCCAGCUGCUUGUCUGCUCUGCUGCGUAGAGCUUCUGCUUCCCAUUCAACUCCUUCCAUGAGACUUAUGUUGUCCCGUCUGUGAAUUCCUGAGGAGAAGAAAGUUGUCACGGUGUUCGCUCUCCGUCUUGUUGACGGACUGCACUGAUGCUUAUCGCUCUGACGACAACAGCUGUCUAGGCCUCAUCAAGGACCGUCAACAUAUCGUCGAAAGAUCCUGAAGACAGAGAGAAAUAUUUCCUUUCCUUUGUCCAAGGUUCCCUCCUAGAGAGGCGACAUAGCCCACGAACGCUGCUCAAGACGGCAUCGCUAUCAUCCGGCCAUUUCUUCUCCUCAUCUAUCUCCUUUUCUUCUCUAGACAGUAUUUCUUCUGUUCUUCCCAGUUUGGUGUAGGGACAUGGCGCUAGACCCGCGCUUCUAUCACCACAUCGGUAAUACCAGCGGCUCCUCCGUUUGCUCCACCGGAUCCUCCGUCGUGACAGGCAUCACUGUGCCAUCCUGCGCUUCGUCCACUGCCUCCGCAGCCGCCCUAAGGUCCACCGCCUCGAGCCCGUCCUUGCGCGCAAGGGAGGGCGUCGUGGUUCCUGUUGGGCGUCAGGAUGGCAUCUCAAGUCCGACCCCUGGCGGAAAUGUGCGCGUCGUGGUGCGAGUUAGGAAGUUUCUACCACGAGAGACCGAGAAAAAUGCCGAGUGCCUCAUUUCCAUGGACCCCCACACGCAAGUGACCAAGCUUAGAGCGCCAAAGCCCAAGCCGGAUGAUGAAGGGAAGCCCAAAUCACAAGCCCGCGGUAAGGUCCUCGAGGACAAGGAGUUUGUCUUUGACAACUCUUUUUGGUCUCAUAAUGAGAAGGAUAAACACUACGCCAGCCAGGAAGAUGUAUACAACUGCCUUGGGGAGGAGUUUCUCGACCACAACUUCGAAGGGUACCAUACCUGUAUCUUCGCGUACGGACAAACUGGUUCUGGAAAGAGUUAUACCAUGAUGGGGACUCCGGACAAUCCAGGUUUGAUCCCUAAGACCUGUGAGGAUCUUUUCCAGCGCAUCGAAUGCUCCGAGUCACCCGGUAUUAGCUAUAACGUUCGCGUGUCCUACUUUGAAGUGUACAAUGAACAUGUACGCGACUUGUUGGUGCCACGGACAGACCCCCCUUACUAUCUAAGAAUCCGCGAGUCUCCAUCAGAUGGCCCAUAUGUUAAAGACCUCACGGAAGUGACAGUGAAAAGCUAUGUAGAGCUGAUGAAGGUCAUGCGAAAGGGUGACACAUCGCGGACGGUUGCAAGCACGAAGAUGAAUGACACAUCGUCGCGAUCGCACGCUGUUUUUACCAUCACACUGAAACAGAUUCACCAUGACCUUUCAACGGAUGAGACCACGGAACGGACAGCUCGCAUCAGGCUCGUUGAUCUGGCUGGAUCAGAACGCGCAAACCGGACCGAGGCCACUGGACAGCGUCUUCGCGAAGGGUCGAAUAUUAACAAGUCGCUAACCACAUUAGGCAGAGUUAUUGCAGCCUUAGCGGAUCCUAAGCCGAGUCGAGGCCGAGGAAGGAAGGGCAAGGAAGUUGUACCAUAUCGUGACUCAAUUCUCACUUGGUUGCUAAAAGAUAGCUUGGGAGGGAAUUCCAAGACAGCUAUGAUUGCAUGUAUCUCUCCUGCUGACUACGAUGAGACGCUCUCCACACUGCGCUACGCUGAUCAGGCAAAGCGCAUCCGCACUCGUGCCCGCGUGAACCAGGACCAUCUCUCAGCCGCGGAGCGCGAUAAACAGAUUGCAGAGAUGGCGGAGACUAUUAGGGCCCUACAGCUUAGCGUCAGUCUGGCGACGGCCAACAAGAGAGAGAGCGAGAACCAGAAUGAACGAUUGGAAGAGUACCAGCAGAAGGUGGAGAAGCUCCAGCGACUAAUGGAAGAGACCAAGAUGGUCAGCGAAUGCAAGAUUAGGCAACUAGAAACGGAGAAUGAUGCUCUGCGCAUGCAUUUGAAAUUGGCGCUCGACAGUCUUAAGAACCCCAUCCCACCAGUUACUCUUCAAAAGCGCCAAACCAGUCUGCAACUACUGGACCGUGAAUUCGAUCAAUCAGAGGCGAACAAGGAGAACGAUCCCGUGUCUCCAACUCCCAACGCCGACCAGGAGCCCGAUUUGACCUGGGAUGAUGACGAUACGAUUCAGGCUGACAGUGGAUCUGAGGCUGAGGAGAUGCAAGCUGACAUGGAAGACCUUCUGACAGAGCUGAGUCUCUUCAAACGCAAAUUAGCUUCUGACACUGAGCGUUUUAGAAUCCUUCAAAAGCAUCAAUUUCGUAAAGGACGAGUACUGGGUGAUAUUUGGACCAAUACCUGACGAUCUUUGGAGGCUUCGUCGAUUCAACCGAAUUUCUUUUUUAUUCAUUCAACUUUACUACCGGGGGAAAGAAUUGGGCGUCUAGGAAAUGUUUAAAUAUGGGUAUUCAAGGCGGCUACACGUGUGGUUUUCUGUUCGAUAUUCUCCUGUUGUUUCCGGCAACCAUUGCUGCUCGUUUGGCUGGCGUGUUAUCGGAAUUGGAAUGCUUGGUCAAGGGGUUGAUCAAAUUGUUCUGUCUUUUUUGGGCCCAGAUUUGAUCAGCGUUUUGUUUUCACUUCCUUUAUUCCUUUCUUCUGCGCGAUUUGCGAUAAUGAAGGCUGAGGCUUCACUGGUGCUAUGCUACUAUGAAUAAUGAGACGAUGUUGACGAGUAGCAGACGGGACUAGAGUUGUUGAAUUCAACCAUUUUUCUCGAAAACCUCCUCGGGAAGAGAGUAGUAUUUAAUAGCUAGAAGUCCAGGCCGUUGAAUCUUUG